AACAUGAAAGAAUCGUGAUUGAACAGUUCGAAGCCGGCUCCCCAAUCGCACAUACAUACCCAUACACGAACCAAGCAAGCACACUGCAUCAUCCAUCGUAAUGUGUGCAUGCAUCACAUAUGUCGGCACGCAAGCCCCUCCCCCUCCCCUCAAUCCAUCCAUCCCAUGCAGAAAAGCGAACCUGCAUGCAAUUGGCACACAGGCACAUCCCUCCCCCCCUUGUUUUUUAUUUCUCCUGCGUGGUCUGUGUGGAGAGCGUUCGAGACGGGAGCCUGGAUUCUGGUUAUUUCCCUUUCUCCUUAUCGUCGCCAUCGCCUCUGCCGAAUCACUCAAGUUCUGAGCAGGUACUAGACCAAACGCCACUUGUCGCUCGUCGCUCGUCGCUUUGAGACGGUGUGCCUCGUGUCUUGGCGGAGACGAGCGGUACGAAAUCGAAGGAUCCAAACCAUUUUUUUUUCUUCGUCUUGCUCGCGUGGAGAAUGCUGACGCUUU